AGCAAAUCAAUCUAUCUUGAUUUAAGUGAUCUGUGAAGAAGUAACGUGACCCCCACAAGAGGGGUCAGAUACAAGGUGUCUCUCCAGGAAGAUUCCACAAUGAAAAAAACAGCCCACAGUUGCAUCUUACUUAUCAUCCUUCUAAUUAGAAUGGCUCCAAGUCUUUCUUCUACUGUAAAUUAUACUGAUCCUACAUUAGAGCCUGUAGUAACUGAAAAUUCAGUCAUACGACAGAAGAUCAUAGAUUCACAGUUCAAAUGCUACGAGAGGAUGAACAAAGCUCCUCCGUAUAAGAAAAAAGGUCUGUUCUGCAACCGAACCUGGGAUGGCUGGUUGUGCUGGGAUGACACACCUGCUGGAAGAAUUGCUGCUCAGAAUUGUCCAGAUUAUUUUCCAGACUUUGAUCCAACUGAGAGGGCUUCAAAAUAUUGUGAUGAAACUGGGAACUGGUUCCGCCAUCCUGAGAGCAACCGAACUUGGUCCAACUAUACCCUGUGCAACUCUUUCACCUCUGAAAAACUGAAGAUGGCGUUCAUACUUUAUUAUAUGGCAAUCGUUGGCCAUGCUUUGUCUAUAACAUCCCUGUUGAUUUCCUUGGCAAUUUUCUUCUAUUUCAAGAGCCUCAGCUGCCAAAGGAUAACACUGCAUAAGAAUUUGUUUUUUUCUUACGUGCUGAACUCCAUGUUUACAAUCGCCCACCUCAUUGCUGUUGUGCCUAACCCAGGCCUUGUAAAAAGGGAUCCUGUAAGCUGUAAAGUGCUGCAAUUCUUUCACCAGUACAUGCUGGGCUGCAACUACUUCUGGAUGCUCUGUGAAGGCAUUUAUCUUCAUACACUGAUUGUGGUCGCAGUGUUUGCUGAGGAGCAGCGUUUGCACUGGUAUUACCUCUUGGGAUGGGGGUUCCCUUUAGUGCCAGCAUCUAUUCAUGCUGUUGCAAGAGCCAAAUACUUCAAUGACAACUGCUGGAUGAGUGUUGACACACACUUGCUUUAUAUUGUUCAUGGACCUGUAAUGGCAGCUUUAUUGGUCAAUUUUUUCUUUCUGCUUAACAUUGUUCGAGUUUUGGUGACAAAGCUAAGAGAUACCCACCGUGCUGAGUCCAACAUGUACAUGAAAGCUGUCAGAGCCACUUUAAUCCUGGUGCCCUUACUAGGAAUCCAGUUUGUUAUUAUUCCCUGGAGACCAGAAAACCGACUUGCUGGAGAAAUAUAUGAUUACAUCAUGCAUAUAUUAAUGCAUUACCAGGGUUUACUUGUAGCAACUAUAUUCUGCUUCUUCAAUGGUGAGGUACAAGGAGCUUUGAAGAGGCAAUGGACACAGUAUAAGACCCAGUGGGGCCAAAGGCGCCGUGAGCACUGUUCCACACGAUCUACCUCCUACACUGCAACAUCAAUCACAGAGGUCCCUGUUUACCUGUACCAUCAUGAUUCCAACAAUGAACAGUUAAAUGGAAGAUACACAGAGGACUCUGAACUUGUUGCAUUAAAAUCUGGAGAGACGUCUGCCUAG